UUAUCAUGAAUAUUCAUAAGGUGUGCGGGAAAUGUUCAAUUCACUGGCAAUCCCACUUAAAGAUUGCACUACUGUACAGGACGGACGACUGCAAAGGCUGAAUUAGUCAAACGAUAAGGACCAAAAAACGCUUAUAGCCGAGGAUCUGCCAUUUGUUAUGUAAUCACAAAUAUGGACGACAAAUACCACCGAGCCGCCAAAGAUGGCUACGAGGACAUCCUACGAAAUGCCACAAAGAGGGACCUAAAUUCAUCGGAUGAAGAUGGGAUGACGCCUACCUUGUACGCGGCAGCCUUUGGGAAUCUGCACGCGCUAAGAAUGAUCGUAGGAAGAAGUGGUGAUCCGGACAAAUGUGACCUGCAAGGGUUUACAGCCCUCCAUCACGCAGCAAAGAACGGCCACUUAAACACCGUGUCAUUUCUCGUGAAUUUUGGCUGUAACCUCUGGGCACUGGACAAUGAACAUCAUUCUGCAAUGGAUAUCGCCGUGAACGAAGACAAAUAUGAUAUAAUUGCAUUUCUUGAUGAUGCACAAUCAAAGCAACAGCAGAAAAACCCGAAGGUCGUUCAACAUAUGCGUGAAAAGGCGACCAGAGAUGCGGAACAAAAUGUAAAACGAAUGGAAAGAAGACAAAAGGAAGCAGCCAAAUACGCCGAGAAAGAACAACGGAGAAUUCAGGAAGAGCUCAGUCCUGACUUUAAACCGCCAAGCAAAAACCCAUUCAAAACUCUGACUAUGAGGCUAAAGCCCAAAAAGAAAGGUCCAGCAAUACCAAAUGGCAAUACCACAUUCUCACAGAUUGCACAGCCUAGUAGGCGGGGAGUAGGUGGUGCACAAAAGCGAAUCAUGCAACAUCAAAGUAGCCAGAACACUGGUACAGUUAGUGAUUUUAAAACCAGUGAAAAUAUUGACGGAAAACGAACUCUGCGCUCCUUAGCCGGAACAGCAGGUGUGCGAAAAGGUUCUGAUAUCAUGUACGUGACAAAUCGUGAAAAUGAUCCUUCUGCCAGAAAGCCUUUGUCUAAUGUGUUUCCAGGAAUGAAUGGCGUGUCGUCAUACGGCUCUAAAAGUAAAAGUGAGUCGGACUUGUUAGAUUCUGGAGUAGACAGCAAUGAUUCGAUAGGAUACGAAGACGAAGAAGAAAAACCAGGAAUGUUCUCUCGACCGCAGUUUGGAAAAAUCUCUUUCUUAAGAAAUAUUGGAGUUACUGGCACGUUAAAUGCAAUGGGUCGUUCUGCUUCCGCAGAUUUCUUAGAUGAUCAGGGUUUUGAUGAUGAGUUAAACGGAUUAAAAUCAAAUCGUGAAAGCGGAAGUUCAGAUAGUCUUGGGAAAAAUGACGUCAUGGAAGCAGGUCCAAAUGUGCCGUGGAACCCGGAUGAAGUGUGCUCUGAUGAUGAAGAAGAGGACACACAGUUUUCAGAUUUAAUCCGUUUCUUGGCCUCGUGUGAAUUGAGCCAUUACACUUACGUAUUCACAGAUCAAGACGUGGACCUACAAUCUUUAAUGACUCUGGCGGAAGACGACCUUGAGAAGCUUGGUUUGAAACUUGGACCGAGGAGGAAGCUGCAGGCAGCCAUCAAAAUCAGGAAGGAACGCCUGUCUACGCCAUCAGCAAUAACGGACUCCUACUUGUGAAAUUCUUAGCUGUCGUUCUGUGCAUAUUUGAAUACCACCCUGUGAAUAAUUUAUUGGAUUAUAAUGAGAUGCUUUCAAUGUGAUAAACGUCAUGCAUUUAUGAUUCAAAUGUAGUUCUAUAAGCGGAUUGUUAAAGUGUUUGUUUUUUUUUCUGCAUUUAUUUCGAUCCUUCAGUCCAGUCCGACUCUUGUUCACAUCAUUGUGUUUGUAAUUCAUCCAGUAAAGAAUAGUUUUUUUUGAAUGUGCUCAUAUGAUUGUAUUCAAUAAUUUUUAUUCUUAAUCCUUAAUCAGAUUUGGAUACCACAUCAAAGAUAAAGUAGUAACCGAAUUACAUUUUAUGAAUAAUUACUAGUAUUCUAUUAAAUCGGUUUGUACAACAUUGAAUCUAAAUAAA